UUUUCCGGAAAAAGGAAAAGCAAACGACGACAUAAAAUUUGCCAGUAAACUAACCGCCAACCAAAAAUCAAAAUCAGAAAACAAGGAGAAUCAAAACCCCCAAUUACAAAACCUAGGGUUUUAGAGCUUCAACAAUGGCGGAAGCAACCUGCAGAGUUCUUCGAGACGGAGCAUUAGAAGGAGAGCUAGCUCCAGCCCUGACAAUCAAGGACGCCAUUCACUCUCCUCUAGCCUGUCAUGUCUUCGAUCACGUCCUCCGACAGCUUUCUUCUUUCAUUUUGGCGGGAAAAUCGCAAUCCAGAGGUAUCGUGAUUGUAGCAUUUGCUCGAAGCCCGUCUUACUAUAUUGAUUUGCUGAAGAGCGGAGGAAUCGAUGGUCUUUCUUUGGAUAAAUGGGUUUGGAUACUAGAUUGUUAUACAGAUCCUCUGGGUUGGAAGCAUAGGCUUAAGGGAAGUGGGCAGAUUGGCAGCCUUCCAGACUCUUCGUUUGGGGUGACAGUUUUCAGAGAUGUAAGGAAUUUGGAGAAAUUGCUUUUUGGGAUUAUUGAUCUGGGAAAAGGGAUUGUUGGACAAGGAAAGGAUCGCUUCUGCAUAGCAAUAGACUCGGUAACUGAGCUAUUAAGAGAUGUUCGGCUAUCAUCUGUAGCUGGUUUUCUUAGUAAUAUUCGUUGUCACGAACAAGUUUCCAGUGCCUUUUGGCUGUUGCAUUCAGAUAUUCAUGACGCUAGUACAAACGCUGCUAUUGAGUAUAUGUCUUCUAUUGUGGCUAGUGUGGAAGGCGCUACUCAACUUAAAAGUGGACAAGGAGGGCUGCUUGAACAGAAUCUUAGGAAGGCUAAGUUGAGGGUGCGCCUUAAGCGCAGAAAUGGAAGAGUUAGAGUGAUGUCUGAAGAAGUUCAUGUUGAGCAAUCUGGAAUUGCUUUUAAAUCAAUUUUGUCUGAAGAGGAGUUGAUGGCGCAGACACUAGUACCGAAGGUGCAUUUUAAUCUAGAGCUGUCAGAAAAGGAGCAAAUUGAUCGUUCAAAAGUAGUUCUUCCUUUUGAACACCAAGAAACAGAUAGAGCUAACCAAAUAUAUGAUGGCCGACGAUCACUCAUGGACGGUCAAGAUGGGAUACCGACUGAAGCUGAGAAAUCAGGAGUUACCGAUAAUUCUUCGAGAGGUGAGAUAGUCUAUCUCCGUGAUUCAGAUGAUGAGAGGCCAGACUCUGAUGAGGAUCCUGACGACGACUUGGAUAUAUAGAUUUGCUCUGUGUACAAAUUAAUGAGCCUUAUAAGAACAUCUAAAAGAAGGCUUAAUUUUGUAACCCGACACGACCUAUUUGUCUUCAAAGUGAAGAAAAUUCAAACUUGUUAGCAACUUUAUGAUCUUAAUUACAUUGAGUCAUUAUUCAAACUCGAGGUCGUAGAAGAUACCAGGAAAAACAAAAGACCCGAUGAAUAUUUUUGCUUUGACAUACUACGAUCCAUUGAUAUUAGUUCAUACUUUAAUAAGGAGGGAAAGUUUUACCAAGUUUAAA